AUGGCCCAGCAAUCCCUCCGCUCCCAGCUUCAGAACCUCGCAAACGACUAUGAGCAGCUCCAAGAUCAGUAUCAUAGGACGCGCACCGAUCUCCAAGACUUGGCGGCCCACCACGCUGAGCUGCAGGACGAUUGCGAGCGGUCCGGCAGCGACCUCGCGGAGAUGCGCGAGGAAGAAGAUGCUCGCGCCGCGCUCGCGGCCAUCCGCAACCACGACGUGAUCUACAUGCUCGCAGAGAGGAACACGGAGCGCGACGACAAGAAGUACUGGCGCAAGCGGUACGAAGAAGAGCUGAAGAAGACCGUGCGGAUGGAGGAGAAGGUGAAGGCGAUGGUUAGUUCUCUCAAGCAUGAUAUGUGAUGGUAGUUUGACUGAUAUGUGAUAGUACAAGGAGCUGCAGAAGCAUGAGAACUUGAAUCACACCAAGGUGGGUGAGAUGAUGACGGAGAUGAUGGAGGAGAUGGACAAUAAGUGAUUACGUAGCGCAGAGACUGCAGCACCAGAUAGCCCAUGAAAGGGGCGCGCUCCGCUGCCGCGGCGACGAUCCACUCGAUCCUGAUGGAUCGAACGUUAGGUCUCAUCCAGGCGUUACAGGAAUAUUCAUGAUUCAAACGAGUCGGCCGUAAGUUUCUGCAAACAAGCCAGUUGACAAAGAAAACAGCUCGCCACAAAGCCAACAGACCAGCGCACGCUGACUCAAGACCUCUUUGUUGUCCGAAACGCUCUUGCCGCAAGUAAUGUCUUCAGAGUUGACCAUAAUCAUCUAAACUGAUGCCAGAGUGUCAUUGACUUAGUUGGACAGCAUGGAGAACGCAACCCUAGCUAACUCGCGACCUCGUCGUUCACCCAAGCCUAUCAAACGUCUGAUAAAUGAGCAAGAUGAUAGUCGUCAGACGAAGAAACAGAAGCUCGAACCUCCACCAAAGAGCGUUAAGCCAAGUCGGAGUAAAACAAAAACGACUCGCAAAGCCGCUAAAACAGAUCCAUUCCAGCAGCACGAUAAUAACGGCGCAAGACAUGAUGAGGAUGAAGAGAUGGAAACACGAGAUAGCGGUUCAGAGAAACAGCAGCAGAGCGCCAGAUCGAAAGAUCCUGCCGAGGAAGAUGAACAGGUCGAAGGCGAAGAAAGCAAUGCAUCGCACGCAAACGCAGAUGGGAACAAGCAGAGCGCAAGUCCUGAACAGCCUUCGAAUGAUGAAGCCGAUGAAGGGCAGGAUUUGGACGAACAACCUCUUAACGCUGUUGGAGAUGUCUCGGGCCAGAACGAUGCAGAAAUGUCGAGCCCUGACGGACUCGGAAUCACCACUAGAAGGGAUCAGGAAAUGACCGUACUGCCAGCGGCUAUCAAGCAUCCCGGAGCACAAGAGGCAGCGCCACCUGGAGUACCUGCUUCGGACAAGGCGCAGAGCCAGGUAGAGGAGAAUCAAGCAUUGGAUGGCUCAGAAAAUUUGCUUGUAUCGCAAGGAAAUCAAGGACAAGAGCAGCUGCGUGACCCAACGCAGCGCAACCUACCUAGAGCCAGCACAUUCUCUCCCCCAAGCCUGUCUUUGCCUGCGCAGAAGCCGUCCAGACGUUUUUCAGACAUAUCGAGAUCCGUCCAGCCGAAACAUGCUCAGCAAAGGCCAUCAGCAGGUAGUGUACAGCAAGAUCUUGUGCAGACGCCAGCUAUUUCUAGAGACCCUCGACUCUCAGCUCCAUAUUUAGGCUCGUCUUUGGGAAAUAGGCGCCAGUCUCCGACUGUGCCAGCCGGACGAAGUGGAAAAGCUCCCGAGCAAUCUCUUUCAGAUCCACACAGCCGUUCUCGUCAAACUGCAGCACAGGUAGGACAAAAAGAACUAGCUCAAGAGAACUUCUCCCAAGAGCAUCAGAGUCUGUCAACUCCCUUGGUCCCAAAUGCAAAUCCUCAAUCUCCACCCCAACCCCAACCCCAACCUCAACCUCAACCCAAUGUCUCUCUCCAGGCCAAUCAACCGCCGACAUCACAACCGAGACAUCCUACGGAUGAACAGAAGAAAUUUGCAAUGCUUAACCAGCUGCAGCAGAUGGGAAAUCAUUUGAGCGGUCGCGCGGAUAUAGACGCCAGCACGAUGCAGCAUUUCAAACAAAUUCACAUGGAAGCCGAAACGCUUGCGCCAAGUUUUGCGUUUGAGGUCCCUGGCAUCCAGGCUGGAAUGCCGCCUGCGCAUUAUGUGUUGCGAGUUCUGCGACCACGGCUCUCAGAAGCCUUCAAGCAGAUGUGUGCUGCUGAAUGGGGUGAUGCGAUACGAAACAUGGAGAUGAAUUGGGGACGCAACGCCGCAGAUAAGGUACGACGUCAAUUUGAUGAGAUGAAAAGCGCUGCGGGCGCUCCUGGAGGAACGCUGAAGCAACCUGAUGUUGCCAUACUGAGCGUGGAGUGGGAGAUUGCAAGAAAUCGAAUCACCGCAAUGAAGCCAGUAAGCCAUAUCCGCAAGUGGUUUGAAGAAUUGGAGGCGCUGGCGAAGAAGGCACGAGAUGAGAUCGGGCAUUUUCCUCAUCCUCCUCACUGGCCAGCCGGUAUGAAUUGUGAGCAGUUUUGUAAGUCGCUCGAGAACAAGAUCUACGAAGAGAGGAAGGCUUUCUACGAUCGUCAGUUCUGGAACGUAGCCAACGACGCCGCGAAGAGGGAGUUGCAGCCAGAGGCGGAAGGUUACCAAAAAUUAUUGGAGGCUUUGAGACGUGGCCUUCCAGGGUGGAAACCAAACGAGUCACCUGCCGCCGAGGAAUUCCCCACGAGGGCGAGGAAUUUCGGCUUCAGAGGCGAUGAAGCAGGCAUUGGGGGCCAUUGGCAACUUUUAGCUCCCGUUGGGAUCACAGAGAACGCACAUGCUGGACUUUGGGUACAGUUUGACAGCUCUCUCAACAUCACAAAUCGCAUGGUAGUCAAGGAGUCCUAUAUGUCGGAUGCCCUUUGGAAUCAUCCAACAAUGUGGCUUGGCAAUGUGACGGACCGCUUGCCCAUGGAGUUCGAAAUGGCCAACCGACUGCAGCAAUGUGAGCAAGCAGAUGAUAUUGUUCAACAUCUCGGAUAUGGAAUAUACCACACCGCCAGGAUGUACCGUUUGUACGAAGAAUUCUGCCCUCAUGCAACUCUCGAGCAACUCAUCCGCGCCCAUCGUGCAAUGCGUGAUGCUGGUGAUGACAGGCCAUUUACUGAGACAGGUACCCAUGUAGAACGGUGAGUCUCUCCAACAUUACUCCCCGAGAAGGUCGUAUUGACUAACGGAUGCAGGCACAUUCCGACCAGAGCUCUCUGGGCUACAUUUGAAGCAUUGGCAGCAGCUCUUUGCCUCAUGAAGAACGGAGGUCUCCCGGGACUAGAUUGCAAGAAGAACUGGGAUCGAAUCCAUCAUCUCGAUAUCAAACCUUGCAAUGGUAAGUGGCUCCAAUGAGCCCUGGCAAUGAGACAUACUAAGACCGUCACAGUAUUCCUAGCAAAGGCAGAUCCUGACCUCUGGCAAGGAAUUGCAACAGCGAAGGUAAGCUCUACCACGUCCUGCAAAGAUUUUCUUUGAAUGAUACUGAUUGUUCUGUCAGCUGGGCGACUAUGGAAUCGCACAUCCCUUUAGCCUCGAGCAGCGAGGACUAUCAUGGUACAAUUCGGGAACUCAGAUUUACAUGGCACCGGUGAACCACAGUCUCGCAUCAUUCUGAAAGCCAACAUGUGUUGUCACUGACAAGAUCUGCCAGGAACAACACGGGAUCAUCGACGCAUCCCGCCCAGGCAAGCAAUUCAUACCACUCUCCACGGCAGAUGUCUUCGGUGUCGGCCGCGUAAUGCUCUGUCUCAUGAACUUGCAUUCUCAAACCGAGGCCCAACCCUUCCAAAUAGAUUCCCUUCCUGCCGUUGUCGAUUUCGAAGAGCAUGCUGCACGGUACUACCCGCAGACCUUGAAGGAGCUUGUACAAGCAUGUCUGAAGAGGAAUGUCCAAACGCGGAUCAAGGUCGAAGAUCUAUGGCAAAGGAUACAUGAGCAAGUUACGACGUUCAGGGGGAUAAGGGGACCGAUGAAGAUGGAAAAGCCGGGCGAGGGAGAGGUGUUAUUGUUUCAGCAGGAUGUAUAUUUGAAGUGGGUAGCGCUUUCGUAG